UCAAAUUUCACUGGCUUCUUUAAAAUAUUUAGGGUAUAAUCCCCAAGAGCUAAUAGCAUACCAAAAGAGUGAUUAGGUUUACAACUUGAGAGCUAGUACUUUGUCCAUAAAUAAUCCUCAAACUGGAGAAACAUUCCCUUCUUUCAGGGGCCUUCUACUCGUCUCUCUGGAACAAGGUGGGAUGCUGUUCUUUGGAAGUUGCAAAUAGCCUUGAGAAAAAAUAAACACAGGGGUGCUCCCCCAAUCCUCUGUGUAGUCAAUACAUUCCUCACAUCUCACUGCAGUAACUCCAGAUUUUGAGUGAAGACAAACUGGUUAGCUGCUGCCAAACAUCUAAAGGCUGCUGCCUUAUCUUGUAUUCUUCCUGUAUAAAUAAUGACUUUGUGUUUAUGUUUUGGAAUGGUUGUUUAAUUAUAAGAUUGAGUAGAAGAUACAGCCCUUCAGUUUCUGACUGACAUGUUUUGAAGGAAUGAAAUUUGUACCUUAAGCUGACUUAGUGCUAUGGCUUAAUUAGUUCUGGGAAGAGCUGAAGGUGGCCUGUGGCUAUCGGAAUGCCUGUCUGGACUGGAAAGAGUUUUCUCGGCAGUUCUGAUGGAAAACUGCUUCUCUUCCUCUCAUUAAUGUUGCAUUUGCCAUGGAGUCAUGUUGACCUCUUCCCCAGCACACUCUGAUGCUGGGCUGACGAUAAGAAGCUUGUGAGCCUGAAAUUCGAUGCUGACCUCGUGGGACAUUGAUAGGACAGAGAUGGCACAAUAGUUUUCAUCCCUUUCUUCUGUAAGCUGUCACCAUGACCCUGACAAAAGGUUCCUUCACCUACUCCAGUGGGGAAGAAUACCGUGGCGAGUGGAAGGAGGGUCGCAGACAUGGUUUUGGUCAACUGAUGUUUGCAGAUGGUGGCACCUACCUGGGUCAUUUUGAGAAUGGACUCUUUAAUGGCUUUGGGGUACUGACCUUCUCAGAUGGCUCAAGGUAUGAGGGGGAGUUUGCCCAGGGCAAGUUUAAUGGCGUUGGAGUCUUCAUUCGACAUGACAACAUGACCUUUGAGGGGGAAUUUAAAAAUGGCAGAGUAGAUGGUUUUGGCCUGCUGACUUUCCCUGAUGGCUCUCAUGGAAUACCUCGCAAUGAAGGUCUUUUUGAGAACAACAAGCUGCUGCGGCGUGAGAAGUGCUCUGGGGUUGUCCAGCGGGCCCAGAGUGCCUCCAAGUCAGCCAGAAAUCUCACUGCCUGACGGGGCACAGGGCACCAGCUGACAAGUCUUGGGUAAAGCCGAUGUUCCUGUUGUUCACUCAAGGUAAACAAAUGAACCAGAUCCGAGAUGAGAUGACAGUGACCAUGGAGCAGAAGCUUGUGAUGUGCUCUGUCACCCGCCAGUCAGGAAUCUGAUCAUGGAAAAGUGCUGAGGAUUCUGGCCCAUAGACCCUGCAGCAGUUGUUAGCACUUCUGUCUUUCCCUGACCCUAUGUGCUGGAGGACAGAUUAGCUGCCUUUUCUUACUUGUUGAUACUCUCUGUUCCUAAGACCUUGGGGUACCCAGUGUCUUCUGUAGCCUUCUACUUCCUUGGGAUAGGCGGAGUCUGCCGCGGCCUUCUGUUAUACUUCCUUUUCUGCCACGUGAUAGAGUCCUCAUUCUGCCUACAUUUGGGGCAGAUGAUCCCAGCCUCAACUUAGGGCCAGUGCUUGUGCUACCCUGGAGAAGUAAGGAAAAAUAUAAGGGUGGCUUAGACAGUACAGCAGCCCUGUGAAAGCCAAGGCCAGAGCUUUUCUGUGCCCCUCAUUCAUUGCUGCUUGGAAUCAUGGCUCCAGGCUUCCGCUUUGUCAUUCGUCUCUUCUUAUUGCCCCUGGGAAGGAUUUAUUAAGAGUGCUGUUUCCUUCUCCCUUGACUUUACAAGCUGUCUUCCUUCACUGAGUUACAGCAGAUGAUCCCUGUUUGUGCCUCUCUCCUUCCUUAGAUAAGGGACAGGAUCCCUUCAUGGGCUAGCCAAGAAAGAAGGUGAUGUAAACAGUAAUCUUAUAACUUGUAUUCAGACUUACUCCAGGGCAAAGGGCAGAAUAUUUGGGCCACUUCAGGCCCUACCACCGAGUGAACUGAAUCUAUAAAGGUGGCCUGGGCUGGCACAGUUCCUUCUCAGUGGACCAAUAGAUCGCACUCACCUCUGCCCCUGGGGUUAUGGUAGAAUUGGACACACCCUAGGACUGCAGGGAACUAAAAGAGCAUUUGGCUCUUUGCACUUGGUUCACUGUAACUUUUCUAGCCUUGACUGUGAGGCCUGGGAUCAGACCUUGACUGAUAGGAUCCCUGCACAGUUCAUCACGGAGGGCCCCUGUUACCCUGUGACCCAAACAUGCCCCCCCAGGCAUCUGUCCUCACACUUGAUGUCUCCUCAACAGCAGAUUGUGGUGGAAAUUAUAGCCGUGUGCCUCUCUUUAUUCUCUGAAUUGUACUGUAGAAACAAGUGUUUAUGAAGAAUAAACAAAUCAGCAGAA